GACUACUCAAUUUUUACUGGGAAAUGAAUUUCUGAGUAAAUUCCUCUGCACACACCAAAAAAAAAGCUUCCUCCAUUUUUACACACACCGCCCACACUUUCAUCACUCACUCACUCACAUACUCUUUACCAAUCAUCGGCGACCGAUCCUUUGGUCGCCGCCGAUCGUCGGUUUCUUCUCCGGGCUACUCUGUUUUUCCUCUUCACGGCAUUUCUUUUUCUCUUCCCUCUGCCUUUGAGCAUCUCUGUGAAAAGAUGAGUUUACGUGGAACUUCAAGUGUUGGUUCUGAUUCAUUCUCCAAGGGAAAAGGGGUAUCUGGAACCUCUAGCACCGACGUUAGUCAGUUGACGCAGGAUGUUUCAGAUAUUAGCUUUACUACCGGUGAAGAUGCUGGCUGGGAGGUGUAUGGUAAAAAAAACAAAAACAAAGGUGCAAGCGGUGCUGUUAAGCAGUGGCCUCAACAAAGUUCUAGUUCUCGGGCAUGGGGUAACCCUGGAUCAGGAAGGGGGGGUUCUGGCACCAAUUGGCCUUCCCUGGGACCUCAUUCUGGAAGGCCAGCGGGGAGAGGUUUACCCCAGCCAUUAGGUUUACCCCAGUCAUUAAAUCCACCUUCUCAUGGUAAUCAGCAUGCAGCUGCUGCUCCUCCUUUGAAGCAUGGCUGGAACUGGGCUUCUAGGCCUGGAGCUGCUCAACAAUCUGGACCAGGUUCUGCUAAUAGUCAGGUGACAUCAACUGCCAAUGCGCCAAUUUACAAGGAGAGUGUAAAAGAGGUUGGUGAAGUUGAUGAGUCUGAUGAUUCAGAUGUUGAUGACUAUGAAUUUGAUGAUGACCUCUUUAGUGAUGAAUUUGAUUCAGACUCUAGUGUUAAGAGUCAUGAAACUCGAAAGAAGACUCGCCAUCUGAAGGAACUUUUUGACUGCAUGGAUGGUCUAACUGCUGCAGAGAUUAAUGACCCUGAAAGACAAUGGCAUUGCCCUGCUUGCUAUGGAGGUCCUGGAGCCAUUGACUGGUACCGAGGCCUGCAGCCUCUUGUUGCGCAUGCAAAGACAAAGGGAAAUACCAGGGUGAAGCUCCAUAGGGAGCUUGCUCAAUUGCUGGAGGAGGAACUCCGCAGGAGGGGAACUGCUGCUGUCCCUGCUGGUGAAACGUUUGGCCAUUGGAGGGGACUUGAUCGAAGGGCUGAUAGAGAUAUUGUGUGGCCUCCCAUGGUGGUGAUAAUGAACACACGACUUGACAAAGACGAGAAUGACAAGUGGAUAGGCAUGGGAAAUCAGGAGCUGCUUGACUACUUUAGCUCUUUUGCUGCUCUGAAGGCUCGACACUCCUAUGGUCCUCAAGGGCAUCGUGGCAUAAGCCUUUUGAUAUUUGAGUCAUCAGCAGUGGGCUAUUUGGAAGCAGAGCGUUUAUGCAAGCAUUUUGAGGAUGAAUCGAGAGAUCGGGAUGCUUGGGAGCGCAAUAGGGCCCCUUUUUAUCCUGGCGGAAAGCGCCAGCUCUAUGGGUACAUGGCAGAAAAGAGGGACAUUGAUAGCUUUAAUCAGCACUGUCAAGGGAAGUCAAAACUCAAGUUUGAACUCGUAUCAUAUCAACAACAUGUAGUGCAACAAUUGAAGCAAAUGAGCGAAGAUAACCAGCAGCUGUUAUGGCUUAAAAACAAAGUGGCCAACGAGCAGAUCCGCUCAGGAAAGCUACAGGAUGCUGUUGACUUGUAUAAGGAGAAACUGAGGGAAACUGCAGAGGAGAGGCGCUUCAUAAAACUGAAAACAAAAAUGCAUCAUGAACAAAACAAAGAAGAGAUGGAUUAUCAGGAGCAAUUCUUCAAAGAGCAGCUGAAAACCAUCUUUGAUGCUAGAAAUGCGCAAGAAGAUAGUUUUGAGAAGGUCCAGCAGGAGCAGUGGGAAAAAAUCACUCAGACCCCUGCCAAUCCUUCUUCAGUGCAGGAUCCUCGUGCCAGGGCUGAGGAGAUUGCCAAGUCCAUAAAGCUUCAGGACAAGGAAAUGGAAGACUUUGUUGCUCAGAGGGACAUGUUGAUCAAUCUGCAUGAGCAAAGAAUGCAGGCGCUGCAAAAGAAACAUCUCAAGGAAGAAAUGGACUUGAAGGGGAGGCACUAUGAGGAGGUGCUUGCGAUUGAGAAGGAAUUUGAUGCUGCUCAGGUUAAACUGAUGGAGAAAUACAAGCCCUCCAGCUCCAGUCAGUAGUCCUCAAUGAGAACAUCUGCUCUGAUACAGUUUAACGGCUAACUGUUGGCACUUAGAAAUACAGUAGAUAUUUUAACGCGGCACUGGUUUUGCCGGAAACAUCCAACUUAUGGCAGGUUGAGCAGUCUUUUUGCUGGUGCGGAAGGUUUUGGUUAUCACCCAUUUCGAAACAUUGUCAUAUUUUCGUAGGUUUUCUCAAUCUUGAUAUUGGGUGAUAUCUGGAUAUGUUCAUCAGAUUAUGGUUUAUUUCGCUCUAUAGCUGGAACUGCAAGAUGACCUGGAAAACUUAUUAUGGCGUCAUUUCCUCUUUGAGAAAAUGGCAUUUUGGUCCCAAAAGCUUGCUUGCUGUUGUUAAAUUUGUGCCUUGAGUUGCUAGUUUCAUUUUUGACAUCUUUGAAAUUUUGCUUUUUAUUUGCUUUCUUAGGAAUGAUUUACUCGGAAACCUUUAACCUCAUAAUCGAUUUAGUUGCAAAAUUUUCAAG